GCUGCUUACCCUGCGCCAAACAAAACUAAAGAGCGCUAUUGCCCUCUCAACCUGCCGACCUCCUUGCUCCUCCCACGGUCCUGCCCACUGACACAAACCUUCCCUUGCGGUACUGCAUCACUCUUUCUGCAGUAUUUGCGUACGUUCAUUCGACCUUGUGUCUCUCAUUCCCCAUCAUUAUCUCCGGUGACGACGGCGCUUCUUCAGCGAAUACGAUCAUAAUCACUAUUCACUACUGUACAAUCGCAUCAUCUGGAACGCCAUCUAAACGCCAUAACGACCUCAACACUACCGCAGACUACGCAAUAUGAUGAACAUUAAGAACCUCACUGCGCGCUCCGAGGGUGGAGACGGCCCGAACAACAUGAACAUUGCGCUUCUUACAACACUGGCUAUUCUUGUCGUUCUCGCCCUGGUUCUCAUGGGCGCACUCAUCUGGCUUCGCAACGUCCGACGCGCCAGAAAAGAAGCCGCGCAGGACGCACAGCUGCCUCUCUACGAGAAGAGACAGUCAGGCCGCCGACUUACAAUCACUAUGCCCGGCAAGGGUCGCGAGUCGGUCGUCGUCUACUCGGAGAAGCAAGACCUCAUGAACAGCGCAGCAAGCUCGCCCACCAGCCCCGUACCUGAAAUCCGCAUCACAUUCCCCGACGAGGUCGACGAGUCUGGCAAGCGCCAGUCCGGUCGCGUUGUCGUUGUCCGCGUCGGCGAGCACAGCGUUGGAUUAGAGCCUGUCAACGAGGACCUGCCUCCUUACCAGCGCGACUCGUCAGACCGCUUCGACUCGCUUGACCUCGACCGCAUCGGAGGACUGAAGGAGAAGGACAACAAGGAGUACGCCUGAGCUCUGCGCUGCUACAGUCAAGACCCGACCGACUGCGGCAACGAGUCUGGCACCACGGGACUUUGAGCCACUUGGCUAUGAUCUAUUUUGAUGACGGCAAAAAGCGCUGAUUGUCAGUUUCUAGCCUAUGCCACACCUGUCUGGGUGGCAAGGCAUGGCGAUGAGCCACUUGUAAAUUUCUUGGAGUUGACUGGCCUGUAUACCCAUCAUGUCUGGCCGGCGCCUCGCUGAGGUUAUGUCCUCUACAUAACUGUUAUUUCUAAUGUAUGCUACGCCCAUCUCUCGAGCGUCUGUAGCUGUGCAGCAAGAGAGCAAAUACAAACCUUGACAUGAACAAGC